GCUAUCUAUCUGUGCAUUGUGGGCGGAGAGAUGAAACAACCUUCUGCACAUUAUGAUAUCAAACUACAAGCUCUGAUCUCAUCUCAGGAAGUAGAGGGGUUUGUCAGAAGAACUGAAGUUCAGAGUUCCAGCAGGACAGAAUGGAGUCCACCUUGCUCUGUGUGUUACUCUUGCUGAAUACAUACAUCAACUCUGGACACUCUGAAGAUGAUGCUCUUCCCAAAACUACUCUGACUGUGAAGCCAAACCCUGCAUUCACUGGAGAGAAAGUCACUCUGAAGUGUUCAGUGACGUAUGACAGUAGCUGGAACUAUCAGUGGUACAAAGACUGGAAUUAUAAUGUAGUGUCCCAGUCUGUCAGUCACACUAUAACAGGAAACACCUUCACCAUCAGUAGAGCUGCUGAGUCUGACCAGGGUCAGUACUGGUGUGAAGGGAACAGAGUGUCUAGACCCACAUCUUCACAACCAGGUGAUCCUGUCACUCUCACUGUAGAAGCUCUUCCCAAAACUACUCUGACUGUGAAGCCAAACCCUGCAUACACUGGAGAGAAAGUCACUCUGAAGUGUUCAGUGACGUAUGCCAGUAGAUGGAACUAUCAGUGGUACAAAGACAGGAAUUAUAAUGUAGUGUCCCAGUCUGCCAGACACACUAUAACAGGAAACACCUUCACCAUCAGUAGAGCUGCUGAGUCUGACCAGGGUCAGUACUGGUGUGAAGGAAACAGAUUGUCUAGACCCACAUCUUCACAACUAAGUGAUCCUGUCACUCUCACUGUAGAAGCUCUUCCCAAAACUACUCUGACUGUGAAGCCAAACCCUGCAUUCACUGGAGAGACAGUUACUCUGAUGUGUUCAGUGACGUAUGCCAGUAGAUGGAACUAUCAGUGGUACAAAGACAGGAAUUAUAAUGUAGUGUCCCAGUCUGUCAGACACACUAUAACAGGAAACACCCUCACCAUCAGUAGAGCUGCUGAGUCUGACCAGGGUCAGUACUGGUGUGAAGGAAACAGAUUGUCUAGACCCACAUCUUCACAACUAAGUGAUCCUGUCACUCUCACUGUAGAAGCUCUUCCCAAAACUACUCUGACUGUGAAGCCAAACCCUGCAUUCACUGGAGAGACAGUUACUCUGAUGUGUUCAGUGACGUAUGACAGUAGAUACAAAGACUGGAUUUAUCAUGUAGUGUCCCAGUCUGUCAGUCACACUAUAACAGGAAACACCCUCACUAUCAGUAGAGCUGCUGAGUCUGACCAGGGUCUCUACUGGUGUGAAGGGAACAGAGUGUCUAGACCCACAUCUUCACAACCAGGUGAUCCUGUCACUCUCACUGUAGAAGCUCUUCCCAAAACUACUCUGACUGUGAAGCCAAACCCUGCAUUCACUGGAGAGACAGUUACUCUGAUGUGUUCAGUGACGUAUGCCAGUAGAUGGAACUAUCAGUGGUACAAAGACAGGAAUUAUAAUGUAGUGUCCCAGUCUGUCAGACACACUAUAACAGGAAACACCCUCACCAUCAGUAGAGCUGCUGAGUCUGACCAGGGUCUCUACUGGUGUGAAGGGAACAGAGUGUCUAGACCCACAUCUUCACAACCAGGUGAUCCUGUCACUCUCACUGUAGAAGCUCUUCCCAAAACUACUCUGACUGUGAAGCCAAACCCUGCAUUCACUGGAGAGACAGUUACUCUGAUGUGUUCAGUGACGUAUGCCAGUAGAUGGAACUAUCAGUGGUACAAAGACAGGAAUUAUAAUGUAGUGUCCCAGUCUGUCAGACACACUAUAACAGGAAACACCCUCACCAUCAGUAGAGCUGCUGAGUCUGACCAGGGUCUCUACUGGUGUGAAGGGAACAGAGUGUCUAGACCCACAUCUUCACAACCAGGUGAUCCUGUCACUCUCACUGUAGAAGCUCUUCCCAAAACUACUCUGACUGUGAAGCCAAACCCUGCAAAAACUGGAGAGAAAGUCACUCUGAAGUGUUCAGUGACGUAUGACAGUAGAUGGAACUAUCAGUGGUACAAAGACUGGAAUUAUAAUGUAGUGUCCCAGUCUGCCAGACACACUAUAACAGGAAACACCCUCACCAUCAGUAGAGCUGCUGAGUCUGACCAGGGUCUCUACUGGUGUGAAGGGAACAGAGUGUCUAGACCCACAUCUUCACAACCAGGUGAUCCUGUCACUCUCACUGUAGAAGCUCUUCCCAAAACUACUCUGACUGUGAAGCCAAACCCUGCAUUCACUGGAGAGACAGUUACUCUGAUGUGUUCAGUGACGUAUGCCAGUAGAUGGAACUAUCAGUGGUACAAAGACAGGAAUUAUAAUGUAGUGUCCCAGUCUGUCAGACACACUAUAACAGGAAACACCCUCACCAUCAGUAGAGCUGCUGAGUCUGACCAGGGUCUCUACUGGUGUGAAGGGAACAGAGUGUCUAGACCCACAUCUUCACAACCAGGUGAUCCUGUCACUCUCACUGUAGAAGCUCUUCCCAAAACUACUCUGACUGUGAAGCCAAACCCUGCAUACACUGGAGAGAAAGUCACUCUGAAGUGUUCAGUGACGUAUGACAGUAGAUGGAACUAUCAGGGGUACAAAGACUGGAAUUAUAAUGUAGUGUCCCAGUCUGUCAGACACACUAUAACAGGAAACACCCUCACCAUCAGUAGAGCUGCUGAGUCUGACCAGGGUCUCUACUGGUGUGAAGGGAACAGAGUGUCUAGACCCACAUCUUCACAACCAGGUGAUCCUGUCACUCUCACUGUAGAAGCUCUUCCCAAAACUACUCUGACUGUGAAGCCAAACCCUGCAUUCACUGGAGAGACAGUUACUCUGAUGUGUUCAGUGACGUAUGCCAGUAGAUGGAACUAUCAGUGGUACAAAGACAGGAAUUAUAAUGUAGUGUCCCAGUCUGUCAGACACACUAUAACAGGAAACACCCUCACCAUCAGUAGAGCUGCUGAGUCUGACCAGGGUCUCUACUGGUGUGAAGGGAACAGAGUGUCUAGACCCACAUCUUCACAACCAGGUGAUCCUGUCACUCUCACUGUAGAAGCUCUUCCCAAAACUACUCUGACUGUGAAGCCAAACCCUGCAUUCACUGGAGAGACAGUUACUCUGAUGUGUUCAGUGACGUAUGCCAGUAGAUGGAACUAUCAGUGGUACAAAGACAGGAAUUAUAAUGUAGUGUCCCAGUCUGUCAGACACACUAUAACAGGAAACACCCUCACCAUCAGUAGAGCUGCUGAGUCUGACCAGGGUCUCUACUGGUGUGAAGGGAACAGAGUGUCUAGACCCACAUCUUCACAACCAGGUGAUCCUGUCACUCUCACUGUAGAAGCUCUUCCCAAAACUACUCUGACUGUGAAGCCAAACCCUGCAUUCACUGGAGAGACAGUUACUCUGAUGUGUUCAGUGACGUAUGCCAGUAGAUGGAACUAUCAGUGGUACAAAGACAGGAAUUAUAAUGUAGUGUCCCAGUCUGUCAGACACACUAUAACAGGAAACACCCUCACCAUCAGUAGAGCUGCUGAGUCUGACCAGGGUCUCUACUGGUGUGAAGGGAACAGAGUGUCUAGACCCACAUCUUCACAACCAGGUGAUCCUGUCACUCUCACUGUAGAAGAUUAUCAGCCAAAGACCACACUGACUUCAGACAAAGAGAACAUAUUCACAGGAGACAGUGUGACACUGAGCUGUACUGCAGAGUCUCCUGGAUGGAAGUUUUACUUGUACAGACACAGACCAGACUCUACACCAGUAACCACAACCUCUGGAUACUCCUACACACUCAGCUGGGUCAGUGUCUCUGAUGGAGGACAGUACUGGUGCAGAGCUGGGAGAGGAGACCCAAUCUACUACACCCUGUACAGUGACCCAGUCCAGAUAAACAUUACUGAGAGACCUGUUGCUGUUCUGACCCUCCAACCCAACUGGACCCAGAUAUUCAUUAGAGAGACUGUUACUAUGAGAUGUGACAUACAGGGAGGAGGAGACUCUAACUGGAACUACAUAUGGUAUAAUAAUAGUCAGUUAUUCAUCCCCUUUAACACAAAGCCUGAGUACAGAAUCAGUCCUGUCUACAGGUCUAACAGUGGUUCAUAUACCUGUGAGGGUGUAAAGGGAAACAAGUUCUCCAAGACCAGUGAUGCUGUACAACUGACUGUGUCUGAUCAACCUCAACCUGUCCUGAGUAUCUCUCCUCAGUGGCUGAACCCUGGAGACUCAGUGACUCUGAGCUGUGAAGUUGACAAGACGUCUAUAGCCUGGAGGUUCUCCUGGUACAGGACUGUUCCCUACAGAGCUGGGUUACCCUCCCUAUCAGACAAGUCUUACUCUCUACAGCCCCUAUCUGACAAUGUGACUAGUGAAGACUCCUACACUCAGAUCCCUGCUGGUCCUACUCCCACAGGAGGAUAUGUGUGUAGAGCUGGGAGAGGAGACCCAGUCUAUGACACACUCUACAGUGAACCUCAGUUUCUCUGGUCAGGAGAUCUGCAGUCUUCAGUGUCUCUUACAGUAAAUCCCAACACAACUCAACACUUUACAUCAAAGUCUCUCUCACUGAUCUGUGAGCUGAAGGGGAACUCUACUGGAUGGAGACUGAAGAGACACACUGAGACAGCAUGGCGGUCAGAGUGUCCAUCUACCUGGAGAUCAAUAACAGAAUCCACCUGCACCAUCACAUCAUUGACAACAUGGUACAGUGGAGUGUUCUGGUGUGAGUCUGGAUCAGGAGAGAACAGUAAUGCUGUCAACAUCACAGUAAAUGAUGGUGAUGUGAUCCUGGAGAGUCCUGUCCAUCCUGUGACUGAAGGAGACUCUGUGACUCUGACCUGUACAUUUAGACAUCAGGGAACAAAUCCUAAACUCAAUACUGAUUUCUACAAAGAUGGAACACUCAUCAAGAAUGAGACCACAGGAGAGAUGACCAUCCCUACAGUAUCCAAGUCAGAUGAAGGAUUCUAUAAGUGUAAAUCUGGUGAAGGAGAAUCACCAGAGAGCUGGGUGACAGUGAGAGUCGUAGCUCCUGGAUCCUCUACAUCAGUCCUAGUAGGAGUGGUUGUGGGUCUGCUUGUUGCUGGUGUUCUACUGGUCAUUCUCCUGGUCCUGCUGGUGAGAUAUCAAAACAGAAAAGGUUCCUGUUUCAACAGAAUAUUCUGGCCCCCUCAGCCCCAGAGAACCAACCAGGACCCCCAACAGGACCAAGGAUCUACCCAGGGUGACACUAACAUCUACGACACGAUCAAUUCCUCAGACAACAAUGAUAAUGAUGUUGCUGGUGCUUCUGCUGCUGGACCAAGGCAUGUGACUUACACCCAGAUUAAUCUGAAAAAGUUGGACAAGAAAAAGAAAGAAAAGAGAAAUUAUCCUCAAGAAAAUCCAGUCUACUCUGAGGUGAAGACAGGGAAAGCGACAGCAGCAGCUGGACCUGUUAAUGUGACCUAUGCUGAGGUUGACCUCCAAAAGAAGGUCAAAACCAAGAAGAAGAGAGAAACAGCAACCCCACCUGAGCCAGAAUCUGUCUAUUCUCUAGUGAAGCCAUACACAGCCCCCGCAGCAGCUGGACCUGUUGAUGUGACCUAUGUUGAGGUUGAUCUCCAAAAGAAGGUCAAAACCAAGAAGAAGAGAGAAAGAGCAACCCCACCAGAGGCAGAUUCAGUCUAUUCUCGAUUGAAGCCACGCUAAUGCCCCGGUCCUUGAGGGAGAUGGAGGGACACUUCAUCAGAGGAGGAGCAGGAUAAACCUGGGAAUAUGGAUUAUGCACACACACACAUACGCAAGCGCACUCACGCAAGCGCCCUCACACAUACACAUAAGGAUUUAUAUGUAUAUAUAACAACAUAUAUAUUUGAUUUAAUAUUGGUUUUUGUGUAUAACUGCAACAUCUUUUUAAACAAUGACAUGGUGUUAUGGAUCUUAUCUGCAGCUACAGUAAUUGUAUAAAAAUGUUUUAUUUAACUAUACAUUUUGAGAGUAAUGAAACUGGAAGGGAUGAUAGAUGAUCAGGGAAGCAGAUCUGAUGACACCGAGGUCUGAGGAAGCAUUGACGGUCUGAUGAUCCUAUGAACAGAGGGAGCCGCUCAGAGUAGAAAGACAGUCAGGGUCCGUAGCCUCAGCAACGCACCAUGCUGGUGAUGCUUAGCUUAGCUGGCUAGCCACUCCUCUCCACUAACUCUAUGUAGCACCCACUUGGGUGAUGCUAUUAUGCUGCCACAAAGAUGCUGGAAGAAUAACAUUAGCAGUUAAAGUAUCUUAUCCACUAGUCCCAGCCAUCUCCUCAUGCAGUCCUCUCACUUCUUCUGCUUCUCUCCAGUGUUAUGACAUUCUAGUCCAUUCACAUACACACAGUCUCCAAGCUAGCUUGUUAGAUAGCAAUUGAGCCAAAACAGGCAAAUUCGAACUUUAAAAUCAUUAUUGAUGACAAAUUAAUUAUGGAUUCUAAAUUACCAAUCAAAAAACAAAAAGCUGAUAGAAAAAUGGCCAUACAAAAAAACUUAAAGGCCCAGUGCAGUCAAAAAAUGUGAUUUCCUGUGUUGUGUGUAUAUACACUGAGUAUACCAGACAUUAGGAACUACUGCCUAAUAUUCAGUUUUCCCCUUCCCACUCAGACCACUCCCACACAUUCAUAGCAUCAUUCUUGUUUGACAAAUUGCUCUUUGCUUAGAAACUAUUUUUUUUUUUUUUUUUUACCACAAUCACA